AUGAAUGGACCACUUUUCAUAUGGAACAAUAUUAAAGUACAUUGUAUAAGGAAUAUUGAGACAGAUGCCGAAUGGACACGAAUACUGCAGGAUUCAAAUGAAAUGGUGAAAAAAAAAACAAGAGGAGUUACUAAAGGAAACAUUCCAAAAUCUCCAAAUUUAAAGACUAUUUUGCACUUACAAAAUGAAGCCCCAAGCGAUACAACGGCCGAAACCAAUUGUAAGUCAUUACGCCUGGCAGCAGUGAUCGAGAGUAAACGAGGACUAUCAGUAUGGAAUAUUUCAUUGAAUGAUCACCCACCCGGAAGGGCAAAAGAUGGAAUAAAGAAAG